AGGUUCGACGACUUUUCAUUUUAUUCGUGGCCAGUCCUUUGCCUGUGCGGGUGGUAUAGUGAAUCAAAAUGAAGUCUUUAGUAUUAGCGUUUGUCAGUUUUCUGGCAAUUUAUUCAGUAAAUUGUGAGGUGUAUUAUGAGGAAACGUUCCCCGAUGACAAGUGGGAAUCAGAGUGGAUAUACAGUGAGCACCCUGGCAAGGAAUUCGGCAAGUUUAAGUUAACUGCUGGAAAGUUCUACAAUGACGCGGAGGUCGACAAAGGUCUGCAAACGUCAGAAGAUGCUCGUUUCUACGCCUUGUCCAAGAAGUUCAAGCCAUUCUCGAACAAGGACAAGCCCCUUGUGGUUCAGUUCUCGGUCAAGCACGAGCAAGAUAUUGACUGCGGAGGCGGUUACCUAAAGGUGUUCGACUGCAAGCUGGACCAGAAGGACAUGCAUGGCGAGAGCCCCUACGAGAUUAUGUUUGGCCCUGACAUCUGCGGUCCCGGCACCAAGAAGGUGCACGUGAUCUUUAGCUACAAGGGCAAGAACCACCUCAUCAAGAAGGACAUCCGCUGCAAGGACGACGUGUACACCCACCUGUACACGCUGAUCGUGAAGCCAGACAACACGUACGAGGUGCUCAUCGACAAUGAGAAGGUCGAAUCUGGGGACUUGGAGGCUGACUGGGACUUCCUGCCGCCUAAGAAGAUCAAGGAUCCCGAAGCCAAGAAGCCCGAAGACUGGGACGACCGCGCCACCAUCCCCGACCCCGAGGACAAGAAGCCUGAAGACUGGGAGAAGCCCGAGCACAUCCCCGACCCGGACGCGGCCAAGCCCGACGACUGGGACGACGAGAUGGACGGCGAGUGGGAGCCCCCCAUGAUCGACAACCCCGAGUACAAGGGCGUCUGGGCACCCAAGCAGAUCGAUAAUCCCGCCUACAAGGGCCCCUGGAUCCACCCCGAGAUCGACAACCCCGAGUACACUCCCGACCCCAACCUGUACAAGCGCGACGAGCUCUGCACCGUCGGCCUCGACCUCUGGCAGGUCAAGAGCGGCACCAUCUUCGACAACGUACUGUUCACGGACGACGUGGAACUAGCUAAGGAACGCGGGGAGGCCAUCAAGAAGACGCAAGAGGGAGAGAAGAAGAUGAAGACUGAGCAGGAUGAGGCGGAGAGAGAGAAGGAGAAGGCCGAGAGGCCUGAUGAUGAGGAGGAUGAUGAGGACUUGGAUGAUGAGGCCGGUGAAGCGGCGCCUGUGGAGGAGCACGAUGAGUUGUAAGCGUAGUGAAUAGUGUAAAGACAUUAGUACCGCCGGGUACACGAGUGAAACGUUCCAGCAUGUGGGGCCGUGCCCCCAUGCGCGCACUGUGCACGUGCCCCCGUGCGCGCACUGUGCACGGGCCCUAACGUUCCUUACCAACCUCAAACACCUUUUAUUAUAUCAAGACCGUGCACUUAUACGAAAAAACAGGCCGAGUGAGAGAGGAAUUAAACGGAGUUUGUCCCUUUCUUUCACAUGAAACAUUACAAUGUAUAUUUAUAAGUGUAUAAGUUACACUUUACCCUGGCAUGUUUUAAGAAAAGGACACACUCCUUUCGACUAUCCUCUCGCUGGUCCUGUUUGGUUGUAUAUUGCUUUGCUCAACCUUAAUAGUAGCUAAAUACGGUUCAAAUAUGGUUUGUCAAAAAUCUUCAGUGCACGGUCUUGAUACGAGUAUAAUAAUAGUACAUUAUUGUCGAGGCUCGGAAGUAGCUACUUGCUGGCUGAGGAUUCGUUUUAAACGGACGACCUUGGGAGUCCGUUUAAUUGAAUCCGAAGCCAGCAAGUAGCCUUCCUGCCGAGUCAUAUAUAGUGCUUUUCUCAAAAAUGGCGCAAUAAACACAAAUAUGAUAGAAAUAUUUUACAGAAGCAACGUUCUUACGUAUAUAUUUUCACAGAAGAUUUGCUUUGCCGCCUUUUUAUUUUUUUUAAUUGAAAAACGAAGUGUAUUUUUCUGCCGAAAAUACGCCAACCUAUUUGAGACAGCUAAAUAGUCGCAGUACCAACAUUAUAAUAAUAAGUACUGGUCGUCUGUUUGGCUGUUUAAUGGACCUAUGCCUUCAUUUGAUAUGACCACUUCAACUUUUAAAAAGUUUGGAACUCGAUAAAUAAUGGAAUUUGUAUGCAACAUUGCAGUCCCGAUCGAGACUGCAAUGUUUUUAACUUUUUAAUUUUUUGACUGACCAUAAACUACGCACUUCGCGAUUUAAUUUUUAACCGGCAACGUCGACUUUGCCGUCCAUUUUUGAGAAAAAGGUCUUUGAGUAACCUAUGUUAAUGUGUGAAACUAUCUGGACGCCACAAGUAUCUAUUUAUUGUCUGCAACUUGUGUACAUAAGUCACGCUCAUUUUAAAGCACUGCAGACUUAUCUGAGAUGGUUAGGCUGUCUGGUAUAGUGUUGUCGUCUCAGUAAGUUCGCAGCGUCGUUUUAUUUGCGACACUGUGUGUCGUCUGUGAGUGGUUUUACAACGGCGGCAGCCUAAUUUUGUGAGUGUAAAGCCUAUGUUGUAAAAUAAUCUCGAGUGAUGUAUGAGUUUUGUUAUGUUGUGAAAUGAGUCUGAUUAAAAAAAUAAUAUAAA